CAUUUAUCACCCCUUCCCCACCGGCCACAUCCAUCUUCUAUUUAUGUAGUAGUACUACCUUCUUCAUUCUUUCUUCCCCAUCACAAUUCACACACCUCUCUCUAUGAAGAACAUUGCAGCAUUGCUUCUACUCACCCUCUUUCUCACCUCCUCCAUUGUCGACGCCGCAGUUGCAGAUUCAAGCGACUGCGACGAGAAGUGUGGGGUGCGAUGUGCAAAGGCAGGCGUCAAAGACCGGUGCUUGAAGUACUGCGGAAUCUGCUGCGCGGAGUGCAAAUGCGUGCCCUCUGGAACUUACGGGAACAAGCACGAGUGCCCUUGCUAUAGAGACAAGACCAACUCCAAGGGCAAACCUAAAUGCCCUUGAACAAAUUAAUAUUUGUAUAUACAUAUGUGUAUCAUAUUAUUUCAUUGUUGUUGUUUUUAUUAUGAUUAUGCAUGAUUUAAUGAAAUAAUUCAUUAAUUUGAGUUCUUACAAAUC